AUGCAGCCUACGUUGUUUCUCGCUACCCUCGGCCUAGCCACAAGCACCCUUGGCCUGGGCAUCAACUGCAGAGGCAACAGCAACUGCGGCGGGACUCUCUGCUCGCUGACCGACAUCCUGCGACAGGUCAGAAGCCUGCCGCAGGGGAACCAAUACAGGCCGGGCGACCACAUCUCCUGCUGCGGCGACAAUGCCGUGGCGUCAGGCCUCUGCGCCUUCGUCCAGGGCAACUUCCACGACGGCACUAUCACGGCCGCGAGGGCCGGCGACCUCCUGCAGGACCUUGUCAACCAUGGAUGCGGAAAGUGUGGCAGCAUUCCUAUUGGGCCGAACAAUGAUCCCGACGCUAAUGGCAUCUUGACUGUCAACUGGGUCAGCCAGCGAUAG